ACCGCCACCUGAGGGGAGGAAGCGGGGCCGCAGCGGCGGGACCCCGCACUGAGGUUCUCUAACAAAAGAAGAACAUCAGUUGACUGCUGUUCUGUCACGAUGGGGUCAAUUGUGUGGGAAUGUGGUUAAGCAUUUUAAUAUCUUAACCUAAUGCACACUAUGUAAUACUGAGGACAGGCAAGAUUUCUCACACGUCUGCCUCAAAUACAUCAUCUUCAGAACUCAGCUAAGAAUGUCGUACAUAAAGCAUAUUCCAGUUUUGAGGAACUUCAAACAAGGACUGAAAGUAUUGCUGUUGAAGUGAAAUCUGAAGGUACGAGUGGAAUUGAAAGAGCUUUUAGACUGGACUCGCUAACUGGCCCAUUCCCAGUGUGGAAGGAUGGCUAUUAGCUGGAUGUUCUGUUACCUUUGGCUUUUGGAUGUUUUGGUGGGACACACAAGAGGGCACAGUUUAUUUUCUUGUGAGCCCAUCAUCUUGCGGAUGUGCCAGGAUCUGCCUUACAAUACCACCUUCAUGCCUAAUCUUCUGAAUCAUUAUGACCAGCAAACAGCAGCACUAGCAAUGGAGCCAUUUCAUCCAAUGGUGAAUUUGGAAUGCUCCAGAGAUUUUCGGCCCUUUCUAUGUGCCCUCUAUGCUCCUGUGUGCAUGGAGUACGGCCGCGUCACUCUCCCUUGCCGCAGACUCUGUCAAAGAGCAUAUAGCGAGUGCUCCAAACUCAUGGAGAUGUUUGGGGUCCCUUGGCCUGAGGACAUGGAGUGCAACAGAUUCCCAGAUUGCGAUGAGCCAUAUCCUCGUCUUGUUGACCUCAAUUUAGCUGGGGAGCCAACAGAAGAUGCCCCAAUGGCAGUACAAAGAGAUUAUGGUUUUUGGUGUCCUCAGGAGUUGAAAAUAGACCCUGACCUAGGUUACUCUUUCCUGAGGGUACGGGACUGUUCCCCUCCUUGCCCUAAUAUGUACUUUCGGCGUGAAGAGCUCUCCUUUGCUCGCUACUUCAUCGGAGUGAUCUCCAUCGUCUGCCUUUCUGCUACCUUGUUUACUUUUUUAACUUUUCUGAUUGAUGUCACAAGAUUUCGCUAUCCAGAAAGACCGAUAAUAUUUUACGCUGUCUGUUACAUGAUGGUGUCACUAAUUUUCUUCAUUGGCUUUCUGCUUGAAGACCGAGUAGCGUGUAAUGCAUCUAGCCCUGCCCAGUACAAGGCUUCCACAGUGACGCAGGGAUCUCACAACAAAGCUUGCACCAUGCUUUUCAUGGUGCUCUAUUUCUUUACUAUGGCUGGCAGCGUUUGGUGGGUCAUUCUGACCAUCACGUGGUUCUUGGCAGCUGUGCCAAAAUGGGGCAGUGAAGCAAUCGAGAAGAAAGCGUUGCUCUUCCACGCCAGUGCCUGGGGCAUUCCAGGAACUCUAACCAUCGUCCUCUUAGCAAUGAAUAAAAUUGAAGGUGACAAUAUUAGCGGCGUAUGUUUUGUUGGCCUCUAUGAUGUGGAUGCAUUAAGAUACUUUGUACUUGCACCUCUCUGCCUGUAUGUUGUUGUUGGAGUUUCCCUCCUGCUAGCUGGCAUUAUCUCCCUCAAUCGGGUUCGCAUUGAAAUCCCAUUAGAAAAAGAGAACCAGGACAAACUAGUGAAGUUCAUGAUCCGGAUUGGCGUGUUCAGUGUUCUGUACCUCGUGCCACUGUUGGUUGUAAUUGGCUGCUAUUUCUAUGAGCAGGCUUAUCGAGGUGUGUGGGAGACGACGUGGAUUCAAGAGCGCUGCAGAGAGUAUCACAUCCCAUGUCCAUUUCAGGUCACUCAGAUGAGUCGUCCAGAUUUGAUUCUCUUUCUCAUGAAAUAUCUCAUGGCUUUGGUUGUUGGGAUACCCUCUGUCUUCUGGGUUGGAAGCAAGAAGACCUGCUUUGAGUGGGCCAGCUUUUUCCACGGGCGCAGGAAAAAAGAAGUUGUGAAUGAGAGUCGCCAAGUGCUGCAGGAGCCAGACUUUGCCCAGUCUCUUCUGAGGGAUCCCAAUACCCCCAUCAUCCGAAAGUCCAGAGGCACUUCCACCCAGGGCACUUCGACUCAUGCCUCCUCUACCCAGCUGGCCAUGAUGGAUGACCAAAGGAGCAAGGCAGGCAGUGUCCACAGCAAAGUCAGCAGCUACCACGGCAGCCUGCAUCGAUCGCGGGACGGACGGUACACUCCCUGCAGCUACAGAGGCGUGGAAGACAGACUACCUCACGGCAGCAUGUCCCGGCUGACCGACCACUCCAGGCACAGCAGCUCCCACCGGCUCAACGAGCAGUCCCGGCACAGCAGCAUCAGGGACCUCAGCAGCAACCCCCUGACGCACAUCACGCACGGCACCAGCAUGAACCGCGUCAUCGAGGAGGACGGCACCAGCGCCUGAGGGGCCUCCGCAGCCCAGUGCUCUCUGCUUCUCACCCAGCGCUGGUUUUGUGCAGCAGGAACCCAAACGCAGCUUCUUCACUUUGAAGCCAACGUUCUUGUACUCACUUCAGAGCUAAAGUGUUCAGCCACCUGGAAUUACUGAGUACAAACCUGGCUGCCUCGUUUGUACCUCUGUAGGUAAUUAUUUAUUCGAUAGGUGUUGCGCAUCAGACGCCGUUGCUGAAUUUCUUUGUUCGUCCAUCCCCUCCGAUGGCUCUGCACGUCGGUCCACGUUACCCUGAAAACUCACUGGUUGGGGUCACGCUGAGAGGGUUUUUUCUUAGGAGGCGUGAGGUGACUGCCGGCUUUGGAAGGAAUUCCUCUGCGUGCUUCUCCGGUUAGAUAAGAGCUGCCUGUUUGCCUAGAGCCAAGGGGAACGGCGGUGCGAAGGACUU